GUCGUGUGUCGAAACAUCGAACAACAAACGGAAACGGUUUUGUAUCAGUGUUAAGUUAACUUGAGGUAAUUUAAAAGCUGUAUUUUUCAGAAGUUAUCAUUUCGUAUCGCAUCUAAUAUAAUUAGUUAGGCCUUUUUGGACAUACUCGACACCUUCUCUGUGUGUAAGCAGAAACAAAGUGCCAGGAUGGAUCCGGCUCUACUCAGGGAUCGUGAGCUGUUCAAGAAGAGAGCUCUUUCCACUCCAGCUGUUGAGAAGAGACCCACUGCCUCAGAGUCACAUAAAAAGAAGAAGCCCAAAUUAGACAAAGAGAGCUCCUCAGGGUCUAAGCACGGUUCUGAAACAAGUAAUGGCAGCUUCAACAUCAAGACGAGCUCCGGUUACAAGUUUGGCUGCUUGGCAAAGAUCGUCAAUUACAUGAAGACAAGGCAUCAGAAUGGGGACACGCACUACCUGACGUUAGAAGAGAUUCUGGACGAGACCAAACUUCUCGACAUCAGUAUGAAACAGAAACAAUGGCUCAUGACUGAGGCCUUGGCCAACAACCCGAAGAUCGUGGUCCGCGAUGGGACUUAUGCCUUUAAACCCAAGUUCAACCUGAAGGACAAGAAAGCCUUGUUGAGGCUGCUGGACAAACACGACCAGCUGGGCCUCGGGGGCGUGCUGCUGGACGACGUGGAGGAGGGGCUCCCCAACUCAGCCAAGGCCAUCAAGGCUUUGGGAGAUCAGAUCAUCUUCGUAACGAGACCAGACAAGAAAAAGAUCUUAUUCUACAAUGACAAGCAUUGCCAGUUUGCGGUAGAUGAAGAAUUUCAGAAGCUGUGGAGGAGCGUUCCAGUAGACUCCAUAGACGACGAGAAGAUUGAGGAGUACUUGAAGAAACAAGGCAUUUCCUCCAUGCAGGAAACGGGACCAAAGAAAGUGAUGCCGGUUCAAAAGAGGAAGAAACAAAGCGGGCAGAGGAAGAGACAGUUCAAGACCCAUAACAACCAUCUGGCAGGAGUACUGGAGGACUAUUCAGAAGGAGUGCCUGCAAAGAAGUGAAUCAAGUGGCCAGAAUGUGAAACCCAGUGACGGCUGGAGAUGGAAUCACUGGCGUCGCUACAAAACAAACUUAACGGCUGUUGGGUCAAAGAAACUCCCUCGUUUUCCUUCAUUUCUGUCCUUCGGUGGUCUUUCCUGACAUAGAGCCAAUAGCAGCAGCGGCAGCAGCCUAGUGGAGCUCCUCAGAUUAUUGAACAGAACUGAAGCACACUGGAGGAAAAGUACCGAGAUGAUAAGAGACGCACAGCUCACCUAACAGGACCACCGCUGUUAAAGGGAGCAGCACAGCUGGACCGUUGAGAUGAGGCUGAAAGUCCAUCCUCUUUUUCCAUUUUGUCAAUAUUUCUUUCAUUUUAUUUAGUUUAGCAAAGAUGUUUUGGAGGUUAUAUUUGGAUAAAAUCUCUUGUCUAAUGGAAAACUUUCAUGGGGCUUUGCUAAGUCCAGCCCCGUCACCCAGUAAGAAACGGCUUCAUCCUCGCACCCUGGACUUUCAGAGUAUUACAAUGCUUUUACUUUGCAGAACUGUGGUAUAAUGGUUUCAAAUCUUAUUUUAAUAAAUUACAGUGUUACACAAUGGUGCCUCAGGUGUAUUGGAUGAAAUGGUCAAUAUUGGUAAGUAAACUUCUGACACACUUCU